AUGACGAAAUUGUCAAUACUGUUUUUGUUUAACAGGGUUCAUUACUUACGGACAAACGAUAGGAAGUACACGCCUGAAACCAACCCACCACCACCUAUUCCUUCCACGAAUGCCUUAUUGGUGGACAGAACGUUAAGAACAAAAGAGCUUUACUCUCCCAUUUAUGCCGAUUUGCAUACGAAUCUACCUAAAUCCGUCAUGUGUUUUCAGGAUGCACCGUUUCCCGAAGACGCACCUCUAUUUCUCCAUCAUGAGCAGGUCAUGAAGUACUUGAACGAACUUGCAAUAAAGGAAGACUUGAUGCCACUGAUAAGAUUUUCCACGUUGGUGGAAAGAGUACGGUAUUAUGAGAAUAAGGUCUGGAAGGUGACUACGUCAGAAGGAACCACGGAGGACUUUGAUGCAGUGGUAGUGGCUACGGGGCAUUAUGCGGUGCCUUACAUUCCGGAUAUUCCCGGUUUGGAUGAGUUGAAUGACAAUAGGCGUAUACAAUUAUUGCAUUCCAGAGACUAUCGUACACCGGAACCAUUUAAGAACAAGACGGUUUUGGUAGUAGGUGGAGGAUCAUCUGCAAAUGAUAUUGUACGAGAAACAGCGAGUGUGGCCACGAAAGUGUACCAGAGUAUUCGUACACAUACGGAGCUAUCAAGACAAGCAGUUGAACGUAACCCACCUAAUGUACAGCAAAUUAGUCUUAUUUCGCACAUUGAUAAUGACGAAGAUAUAUCGAGUGUGCAGCUGCAAGAUGAUGUAUUGGAUGAUGUAGAUGUGAUUAUUUUUGGCACAGGGUAUUUGUAUAGUUUCCCUUUCUUGCCGUUCCAAAGGGACGAUUUAAUUAUGACUGGACAAAAGGUACAUCAUUUAAACCAUUACAUGUUCUAUAAAAAGAACCCGACGUUGUGUUUCUUGGGUUUACCUAUUCGAGUGGUGCCUAUGCCAUUGAUGCAACGUCAAAGUAUAGUGAUGGCCAGGUAUUGGGCGGGUAAGAUUCCGAUGGUGCCACAUGUGGAGAUGGACAGUAUGGACGAUGCUCGGUUGGAUUUUGUGAUGGGAGUUGCACGUGAAAUUCAAUACAGUGAACAAUUGGGUGCUUGGGCCCAAGGGUAUACAGACAAGAAGAGCAUGGAACAAUGGCAAUCCGAUGAUCCUGUGACCGGAAGAUUAUCCGAGAACUGGAUCGAGCUUCGAAAAAAUGCACUGUUACUUCGUUACGACUAUUUAGGCUAUUAA